CCUGCUUCGGUAACUUGCUUCGAUAACAAACCGAGUCACAUAUCAAAUGGACGGAGGGCGCCCUUUGCGCGUAUAGCGGAUAGCGACACCGACAACGUAUGCUGCGGCCUUUCCCUCCUGAGCUCUUUUUAUCAGCGACAGAAUCCGCCUCCCUGCCUGUGGACAGAGUUUUUAUCUCACACGUGCUGGGACCGUCGCCGUGCGGUGUUUGUGCCUGCUAUCGGAGUUUUUAUCUCACAUGUGCUGGGACCGUCGCUGUGCGCUGUUUGUGCCUGCUGUCGGCGUAAGAUUUCCCUUUAAAUUGUCGCAAGAUGUGCUUCAGUGGCGUGAACAGCUUUUUUGUGGUUCUAAUUGUGGCGUCCGUGAGUGAACUGUGUGAAGCCAGAAACUGGCGACGCGUGAAUACCACCUGUCCUGCUCUCAAACAGUGCGAAUGCUCGCUUGUCGUGAGUGGUGCUAAUGUCAGAUGCUCGAACUUCGUCAAGAUGGUAGAGUGGGAGAACGGUACAGAUUUGAAGGAAGAUAUGGACAGGCUUCAAAAUACCUAUAUGCGAAAGCUCACGUUUAGUGGUGUCAAUGUAGAAAUCCUGCCAGCCUCGUGGUUUUCUAAUCUAAGCGUUGCUGUUCUCGUUAUACAGCACUCUUCAUUGAAAUAUAUUGAGGAUACCGCCUUCAAUGGGAUCAACAGAGUGUCGAAGGUGAUGUUAGAAAAUAAUAUGCUCACGACUAUACCGCGCGCUUUGAAAUCGUUCAAAGCGCUGAAGAGUCUUCACAUACCGAGAAAUUUAAUUAAGACUGUGAACGAUGAGUUGGAUUCAUUGGGCGAGCUUAAAGAACUUAACCUUCGUUCCAACUUCAUCGAGAAGAUUGAUGAAGAUGCCCUGAAGAACCAAGUGCACCUUAGCAAACUGUAUCUUCAAAAUAACAGACUCGAGGACAUUCCCCGUCUUCUAUUUAAGAAUACAAAACAUUUAGAACAUAUUGAUUUACACGGCAACCGUAUCAAAGCCAUCGGGGACUCCAUCCGUGAUAUGCCGUUUUUGAAGGUUGUUUACGUGUACAAUAAUGACAUCACAGAACUCAACGAAUUCACAAAAGAAAACCACGACAACCUCAAGAGCCUUCGGGCUGAAAAUAACCUGAUCACUUCGAUAGCUGAAUUCGGUUCUGGCAACACUAAAAUCGAGACUAUCUUUUUACGAAACUGUAGCAUAUCUGAUAUUCACUCUUUAGCAUUCUCAGCCCUCGAAAGAUUGUCUCAACUGGAUCUGUCGUCCAAUAGGAUCUCUUACAUCAACGAAUCCGCUUUUCAUAAGAGACUGGAAAUUUGUAACCUUGCAGAAAAUCAGAUUACGUCCUUGUCAGGUACAUUUAAUAGAACGCGGAGGAUGGUAAGCCUUAAUCUAUCUUACAACAGCAUCGAAGAUAUCACGGAAGCCUUCACGCAACUUGUUGACUUGAAGAAACUUUCGCUGAACAAUAAUCGUGUUCAAUAUAUUCGGGACAGGACCUUCCAUGCUAACGGUAAUCUAAAUCAUUUGAAUCUCGGCGAGAACAUGAUAGAAUGGCUCGGGCAGAGGGCUUUCGAGGGACUCGUUAGUUUGCGGUACUUGCUUAUUGAUCAUAACAUGUUGCUUCAUUUGAAUGGGUCGGUGAGGCACAUGCCACAGCUUCGGACGCUGCAUAUGAACAACAACAGUCUCCUGUCCCUGAAUAGGAAUGAUUUCGUUGAUGUUCAGAGACUGGCUUACAUUUACGCGUUUCGGAACAAUAUAAGUCGUGUCGAUGGAGCGUUUACGCAACUUGUGAAUCUCCAAGCUGUUGGUCUUCACAGCAAUCAACUGAGAACGAUGCACCGGAAGAGCUUCCCAAACUCACUGAAGAUUCUGGAAAAACUCGUUGUGGAGGGUAACCCACUGUUAUGUGACUGUCAAAUCACGUGGCUCUUGGAUAGUCUCCCCCCGGGUACGAAACGAGGCGUUCCGGUGUGUGCAAGCCCCCCUCGGCUGGCAGGACGCAUGCUCUAUAACCUCACAGUGAAUGAUCUUGUCGCGUGGCCGGAGGACUGUGACAAUGGAUGCACUUGCCAGUGCCACGAGGACAGCAUGACUGGUUGGGCGGUAUACGUUAAUUGUUCUGGUGGGAACCUGAAGCAGUUACCGAGAACGUUUCCAGAAAACGCAUGGAAGUUGGACUUGAGCGGAAACAGUGUGGAACAUCUAGACGAGCGUCUCGUGGCCAAAGCGCCGGGUCUCCGCUCUCUAAGCUUGAGGCGAAAUCUGCUAUCGAGUGUUGACAGAUCUACAAUUCCAGAAAACGUUACUGUUCUGGAUUUGAGAGAUAACAGAUUGAAGCGGUUCCCCUUGGACCUCGUGUCGACGCUCAACUUGACAAGUAUAUGGCUGGCUGGCAACCCUUGGAGCUGUGACUGCGAAGAUUAUGCAUUCAGGCAGUGGGCAGAGGGCCACAGCGACAUGAUUCAAGAUGCUGACGAGAUUUUCUGCGCCGAAGGAUUCAACGUUUUAGUCUCCCUGAAGUCUUUCAUGGAGGUGGGACAGAAAGAACUUUGCCCUUCAGUUGUCUCGAAAGCAGUAUCGUACGGAAUAUUUAUGCUCGUUCUUGCAGCCGCUGCCCUGACUGUAUCCACAGUCUACCUCAAGUACAAGCGGGAAAUUAAAGUGUGGCUGUACGCGCGGGGCCUCUGCAGAUCGCUUCAAUGUAUCAAGGAAGACGACCUUGACGAGGAGAAGAGCUUUGACAUCUUCCUCUCGUUCAGCAGCAAAGACUCCAGUUGGGCCUAUGAACAUCUCAUUCCAAGGAUGGAGGCCCACGGCUUCACAGUUUGUACUUAUGACCGAAACUUCAAGGGAGGCUUCCUGAUUCAAGACAUCAUCCACGAGGCCGUGGCCUGCUCCCGACGCACCCUCCUUCUGCUAUCCGAGAAUUUUGUGCAGAGCGAGUGGUGCCGCUGGGAGUUCAGGGUGGCGCACCACCAGGCUCUCGAGGAUAACAUCAACCGCCUAAUCUUAAUUGUCGUGGACGAAGCUGCCUCCAACGCUGUGGACGACGAGUUGAGGAUCUACAUGCAGGCUACCAACUACCUUCGCUGGGGGGAAGCACACUUCUGGGACAAGCUGCUCUACUCGCUGCCCAAGAAAGAUUCUCAACGUAAAGUGAUUCCCAACUCCCAAGAGUACCCGAUGGCCGUCAUUACGAGGCAUAUCUGAAGACCACUGAUGACUAUCACCAACUCGUUAACGUUGUUUUACUUUUGGCACCUCGCUUCAUAUCAAGAGCAGUCUUGCGCGCUUGCACGCCGGACAAGCGUAAUAGCUACAGCGCCGGGCAAGUAAAGGGACCACCCUGUUUACCCGAUUCGAAGGUGACCCCCAUUCUAACGCGUACUCAGUAUUUAUACUCAAGAAUAAUGAUUUCGGCUCCGAUUUUAACGCGCAAGUUUUUAUGUCAAAUUUUUUUUUCUAAGAAAAAUGUUUGCGAUAGAAUUGAGUAAAAACAGUAUUUGGGAA